CUCUCUCCCUCCUCGUCUCCAGAAAAAGGACGGCGGGUGGAAUCCGGGAACGCGAAGCAAGGCGGCGGUGCAGCAGCCAUGGACCGCGUGCAGCUCCUCCUCGUCGGCCUCCCCGCGCUCCUCUUCAUCUCCGACCUCUCCCACAUCUUCGCGCCGCCGCCUCCCCACCUCCGCCACGGCCACCAUCCCCCGCACCAUCCCCAUGGCCAUCCGCCCCACCAUCCCCACCCGCCGCACCACCCCCACCCGCCGCACCACCAUCACCCGGACCCUGCCGCCGCUGCCAUACAGCUGCAGCCAGAUUUGGACGGAGCUGGAUACGGCGCCACCGUGGAGCUGCAGUUCUGUGCGUCCUGCUCGUACAAGGGAAAUGCAAUGACCAUGAAGCGCAUGCUGGAAACAUCCUUUCCGGGCAUUAAUGUUUUCUUGCAUAAUUAUCCUCCAGCCUUCCCCAAACGGGUACUGAGCAAAGUUAUGCCAGUUCUUCAAGUUGGAGCCAUUGGAACAAUAAUGGCUGGUGACCAGAUUUUCCCCAGACUCGGCAUUGCUCCACCUCCAUGGUUUUACUCGUUGCGUGCCAAUAGAUUUGGAACCAUGGCGUCAAUUUGGCUAUUUGGCAACUUUGCUCAGUCUUUCCUGCAAAGUUCUGGUGCCUUUGAAGUCUACUGCAAUGGAGAUUUGGUUUUCUCAAAAUUAGCUGAACAGAGGUUCCCUAGCGAGUUUGAGCUGCGUGAUCUCAUCGGCAGCAGACUGCCACGUUCUGCGUUUGGGAAAAAUAUGGGAAACGCCUUGUCUUAGACGGUGAUUUCAGAAUAUCAUGCUCUGCGCUGAUGCAUUGCUACUAAGGUGUUUUAUGGUUAGCUAUCCUUCCGAAACGCCACAGCUUGCUUGUAUGUAAACAGUACCUGAUGUGUGUGUGUGUGUGUGGUUUGUAAAGGUCCUAAAAAGCAACUUGGCACGAGAUACUGACAGUGUGAUACUAUUGUAUGAACACUCCCCAUAAUCGUGAUUGCCUGAUAAUGUUAUGCUACUA